AUGGUGUUAGCAUGCCAGAAUCAAGCACAGGAACACGGGGAAAGAGGACCUUGUUAUCAGUAUCAUUGCUCUUACGGUGCUCUGUGUGUAGUCAAAGGUGGGUUUCCAUCAUGCGAAUGUCCAACAUGCGCUGAGGAGUUUGAACCCGUAUGCGGCACUGAUGGUAUAUCAUACACAAAUAACUGCAAACUACGCAGGGAAGCAUGUGAACAGAAAUCCGAAAUAGCUGUCGCAUACGUUGGUUUAUGCACUGGUUGCGAGAAUAAACGGUGCGAAUACUAUGCUGUGUGCGAGAGUGAUGGUAGAGGAAACGGAAAAUGUGUUUGCCCUCAGUCCUGCAUAAAGGUAGAGGCUCUUAUAUGUGGCACUGAUGAAGUUACUUACCAAAAUGAAUGUGAGAUGAGAGUGGCGGCUUGUAGGAAAGCACAAUAUGUGAUGGUUGUAUCUAAAGGACCAUGUGAUUUGUGUCAGCACGUGCACUGCAAAUACGGCGCUAGAUGUGAGAAUGGACGUUGUGUCUGCCCUACCGACUGCCCCCAGGUGUCUGAGACCGUCUGUGCAAACGAUGGAGUUACGUACCAAAAUGAAUGCCAGAUGCGCCAUGCGGCUUGUUUGCAUGACCAAGAAUUAAAUAUGCUGUUUUACGGAGAAUGCGAUGAUGUUGGCGAGUCUCAAGAUGAAGGUUCAGGCGUAGGAAUGGAUUGCGACGAGCGCUCAUGCAAAUACGGCGGAGUAUGCGAAUACGAUUUCGAAGGACUUCCUCACUGCUCUUGCAAUUUUCAGUGUGCUUUAGCUAUGGAUCCAGUGUGCGGGUCAGAUGGUAAACUGUAUGAUAACGAAUGCAGGUUGAAAGAAGAAGCUUGCAAACAACAGAAGAAUAUUAUGCCUGUGCAUAUCGAAAUGUGUGAAGAGUUCCGUGAGGUACCUUGUGAUGGAGAAAUUCCCCUCAUCGAUCCAACCACAAAUAAGGAUUACUUCUGCGGCGAGGGAAUUGGAUCUAAACUGUGCCCGCCAGGAAGUUACUGCCACAGAUCCUCGGCUUUUUCUAAGUGCUGUCGAGAAGUAAUAUUAAUCAAGACGUGUUCUGAAUCAAUGUAUGGUUGCUGUCCGGAUGGUAAAACUGCUGCUCAAGGUCCCAAUAGUGCUGGAUGCCCAAGUGUAUGCAACUGCAAUCGUCUAGGAUCUUACGAUUUAACAUGUGAGCCGUCAUCCAGUCAAUGCUUCUGUAAACCUGGUGUUGGUGGACCUCGCUGCGAUCGCUGUGAACCUGGAUACUGGGGACUGCAUAAAAUAACAGAAGAAAAUAACUAUGGAUGCACUCCCUGUUCUUGCAAUUUAUAUGGUUCCGUUCGAGAUGACUGCGAGCAAAUGACUGGGCGUUGUGUCUGCAAGCAUGGAAUACAAGGCAUGAAAUGUGACAUUUGCCCUAUAGGAACUAUUUUGAGUCAAGAUGGUUGCAUGGAUGAAUCGAUCGCCCAACCUGUGAGCGGUUCUUGCGAAGACUUGAUGUGUUUUUACGGUGCCCAAUGUAGAGAAACACAAGACGAUCAAGCCCAGUGUGUCUGCGAAUUCAACUGCUCUCCCGAGGACAAUAAAGAUUUAGUUUGUGGAUCAGAUGGAACCACCUAUGGUUCAGAAUGCCAGAUGAAAUUAUUUAGUUGCCGAUAUCAACGAACUAUAUCAGUAGCCUACCGUGCACCCUGUCCUAAAG